UAUUUGUAUUUAAUAAUACCGAAAUGAGAAAAGUGCAAUUAUUCUAUAAAUACAACUAAACAACAUCUCAAAAUUCAAAGAUUAUUAGUACAUACUACUAAUUCUUUGAAGAAGAAAAAUGAAGAAACCUUCAAUGCUAAUGUCCUCUCUCUUUAUCUCUAUUCUUCUCCUCUUGCUCUUCAUAGAAUCAAAUACCGCUCAAGAAGUUGAUGAUGAGACUGAAUUUGAUUAUUUAAGAGGGAGUGAAAGGGGGCCAGAUCGGUGGGGACAUAUUAGGGAAGAAUGGGCAACAUGUAGGACAGGUAGAUAUCAAUCUCCCAUUGAUUUAUUACAUCGAAGAGUACAAGUAAUACCCAAAUCAGCGGAAAUCGUCAAGUUUUACAAUGCCGGCAAUGCUACUGUCAGAAACAGAGGACAUGAUAUAAUGAUUGAGUGGGAAGGUGAAGACAGCAAAAUACAGAUUAAUGGCACUACUUACAUCCUAAGACAAUGCCAUUGGCAUUCCCCAUCAGAGCAUACAAUCAACGGAUCACGGUUUGCUGCAGAGUUGCACUUGGUUCAUCAAACCCCAGACAAUAAUAGCAUAGCUGUUAUUGGACUUCUUUACAAGCUUGGCAAGCCUAACCGUUUCCUAACAACGUUGAUGGAGAAAUUGGAACUAGUUCCUAAUGCUCUAGACCGAACAAACGCCGGUGAAAUUAAUCCCGGAGAAAUAAAGUUGAGAGGGAGAAAGUAUUACAGAUACAUGGGCUCACUUACCACUCCACCUUGUACCGAAGGUGUCCUUUGGACUCUCGAUAGACGGACUCAAUAAAUGCAGUGGAAUGGAGUAAUGCUGACUGGAAAGGUCCAUGAAAUCUUAACUUAUUUCUUCUAAAACAUUUUUCUUCUAAAACAUUUUUUAUUUUCAACAGACGAAAGCGUUGUUUUAAGAUGUGUAUUCGGCGUUCUCCGCCAAAGAAAAUCUUUUUCCUGGUUACCGUUGCUUGUCAUAUUUGCCCCUUGUAGUGUUGAAUGUAAGCCUUAGAAUACUUGCAACCUAAUUCCCUAAACCAGCCAUUUGUAUAAUUGUACCUAAGCAAUAAGAAGAAUUACCAACUCUUUUCCUUGUUGCUAGUUUGGAACACAACAAGAGCAUAGGUCCACGGGAAGGGCCACAAUGGUGAAAGAAACCAUUGUAACAACAAAGACAAAGAAUGAGUAGCAACUCAAAAUACCAAUUAGACAUUUCUUCUCUAAUUUGAAUAAAUAAAGAUAUAACAUCAAAUUUCUUUGUAAAUUCCAACUCAUCAAGCCUCUUGAUCUGUAAUUACUUUCUGAUAAGAAUAAGGAAUAAGGAUCCUCUUCAGUCAUUCCACCCCAAACUUCUAAGAAUAAUUUUAAUUGUACACUUUAGUAACAAAGCUACGAGUUAACAUUCCAUGUAGAAUAGCUACAUCCUAGCAAGAGCGCAUACAACAUCUACUCUAAAUUCUACUGAGUUGAAAAGAUUAUCUUAUUCCAAGUUGUACCUGAGCAGUACACAAUUUAAAAAUAAACUACUAUGCCGCCGUACAAUCAUUAUAUUCGAAAGAUAGAUUCUGUAGCACAAAUAGGAUCGGGAAAGGAGAAGAAAUAUCAAUAAAACUAAGCUUUGGAAGCACUAAAGUUUUCCCCCUGGAUUGAUUGAGUCUACAUAUUGAUUCUUGAACACUGGUUUAUUCUACAUUUUGUCCCUUGGGUAGAAUGUAAUAGGUAUAUAGCCGCAGACUUCAGGUAAAAUGCACGCAUAAUCAGGCAGCUAAGGAUUUCACGCCAGUAACAUAAGAGAGAUCUUAACCUACCUCAGGUGGAUGUACUGUUAAUUCUUGCCCAUCUUCUCCCCCCAGACUACACUCUGGCCUCUUAAAGGUCAAAAGGGCUGCCAAAGCAGCAACAUUUGCGGCAUCAACAAGAUUCCUGAGCCAAAAAGAAAUAUGAGGUGCUAUAUGUAAGUUCACAGACACAUAAGGACUUAAACAGUUGUCUUGCAUUAAGAAACAUUACAGCAUACCCUCCAUUAUCUAGUAUGUGAAGAUCAAUACGAAUGGACCAUACUAGUUUUCCCGCAAGGACACAAAGUGAUUCUGUAUCAGUUGCCCUGCUCUCCCUGCAAAAGCAAUUAAGAUGUCAAAGCAGUCCCUGUAGAUGCCAAAACAAACAGGAAAAUAAGAGAGCCAAACUAGACAAUAUAAACCUAAGCUUUCAUCAGCAAGAUCCACCAAUAUCAAUUUGUAUUCUUCUAUAUUAGUUAGAUUUGUGAUGCCACAUAUACGGGACUGUAAAGUUCUCUAAUUAAUAAUUGUUGUGAGGUUUUUUCUACAUUCCUUUGCAUCUAGCCACAUACAAGAUGAAAUUGCAUUAAAAUUGAACCUAAAAGACCUUCUGUGAUGACCAACACACACUAACAUUCUAACAAUCAGAUCAGAUAGAAUUCCAGCUGCAUAAUAACACUGACUUGCAGGCUUUAUGUUGCAGCAAAAUGAAGUAUGGUUCACCUUUCCUAUUAUGGUAUACACUUCUUUUAACACAACAUCUGCACAGAAUGAUACAAUCAUAUAAGUGCAAUUUAAUAGCUGAGUUAAAGCCAAAAAUAGGACAAUAUUUUAUGAAGAUCUGCCAGCAACUUGUGAGUGCUGAGUCAUUGAGUCUUUAGUUAUAUGUAUAGUGAAGAAAAAGAAAUUGCAGGGUCUAGGGAGGUUCAGACAUUUGCUCUUUGAAGAUGAAUAUUUAUGAUUUCUUUCCUAUGGCAUCUGAAAGGUGAACAAAGCUUCUAACAAAUUGCAGGGAACAAAUCACUAGACCUAAUUAUCAAAUCACUUAGUAUAUCAAAUUAUCGCUUUAUCAAGGAACUCAAUUCAAAUCACUUAGACGUCUGCAGUACGAUACACUAUGUUUGUAGAAGAUUGUUGUAACAUCUCAAUUGCUUAAUCAAGGAACUCAAUUCAUAAAAAUCAUUAUCAAAUCACUAGACCUAAUUAAAUUCAAUUCGUCUGAUUUUGUGGAAAAAGUUAAGCAACCCUAAUUGACAAAAAUGCUGAAACAAUCAUCCAUACAUCUAAUUUAAAAAGCGAAAUUGAAUGAUUUACCUGAAGAUGCGAUCGAAUUAGGAAAUUGCUAAGAAAAUCUGCGAGAAACGUCAAUUCGAAGGCUUGAAAAACUGAAUUCGAAGGCGAGAAACGUCCAAUCCCUAAAACGAUGAAUUGGUAGGGAGAACUGGUCCUUUCAAUGUUCCAUUGAAGAUUAUGAUCGAAGAUUA